AUGACCGAAAGUACCAUCGUCAUUGACCACGGGUCUGGCUUUCUGAAGGCUGGCAUGUCUGGCUGGAAUAAGCCCCAUACGGUCUGCCCGAACAUCGUGAACUACAGGCCAUGCAGGGAGAACCCUGGUCCCAGCUCCGCCCGGAGGGUCCUGGGUCUCGGCAUCGACAUUUACCAUCCUGACACCUUUAGCUAUCCCAUCCAGCGUGGCCGUAUCCUCAACUGGGAGGCUAUGGAGCGCAUGUGGUCCUUUGUCCUGGAGACGCACAAAAAGGAACAUGAGGUCUCCCCUGUAUUGUUCACUGAGCCUCCCCUAAGGAAGCCUGGGGACCGAAGGAAGACCCUGGAGAUUAUGUUCGAGUCACUGUGUGUCCCAGCCCUGCUCCUGGCUGACGAGCUGGAGAUGUCUCUGUAUGCCACCGGCCUCCUGACGGGCGUGGUGGUUGAUUCUGGCUACGGCCUGACCCGAGUGCAGCCUUACUACCUGGGCCGGCCCUUGCAGAAUGGCCUUAAGGUCCUGGAGUUUGCUGGCCAGGAUGUCUCUGCCUACCUCAAGAAGAGCCUGUUUCAGGAUGAUUCCAGUGCAUCGCAGAUGUUUCGGCUGCACACAGCAGACACUGUUCAGAUGGAACAAUGCUACGUACCACAGGAUCUUGGGCAGGAAAUAGACAUACUUCAGAGCCUGCCGGCUGGCUCUGCUGUGGAAAACACCUAUCAUCUCCCGGACGGUACCACUAUGGACCUGACCCCCAUGCAGCGCCUGGCCCCUGAGAUGUUCUUCAGCCCCGAGGUGUUCGACCUGCAAGUGCCCAGCCUCUCUCAGGCUCUUGUGGAUUCCAUCAAGACGUGUGAGGCCUCCCUGCAGCCCCUGAUCCUCUCCCACGUGAUAGCCUGUGGGGGGAACACCAUGUACCCUGGCUUCUGCACCCGCCUGUUCGAGGAGUUGGCCAUAAAGCACCUCUCCAGCGCCAAAACCAUGGUGCGGUUAGGUUCCACAAGAAAAUUUAGUGUCUGGGUGGGAGCGUCUGUUGUGGCUCAUCUGUCUACUUACAAGUCCCAGUGGAUAACCAAGUUGGAGUACGAUGAGGGAUAG